AUGUCCACCCCCGACCCUCCUAUGGGGGGUACCCCUCGGCCUGUCCCCUCUCCUGGGCCAGGACCUUCUCCUGGUGCUAUGUUAGGUCCCAGCCCAGGUCCUUCUCCAGGUUCUGCACACAGCAUGAUGGGACCAAGUCCUGGGCCCCCUAUGCCUCCGCAGGGACCAACUGGUUAUCCAUCUGAGAAUAUGCACCAAAUGCACAAGGUCAGUAUUCUCCUAGCAAUUCUGUGUGUGUGACACUGAUCUUUACUUUGAACCAGUUUUUUGAAUAUAUAGUGUUAUAAAGAAAACAGAUUUAAUUUGGGGGUUUUUUAAAAAAAUUUUUUUUAUUCAUAACAGAACAUAGUAAUUAAAAUAAAAAAUAACUUUACUGUAUUCCUUUCCUACUAUAUUAAAAAGGGGGGAAGAGAGAGAGAGAGAGAAAAAACAUUUUAAACAUUUCUUCAAAUCUAUAUAUUUUGUAAAUGUAUUCUCCUUAAACCUCUAUACUUCAAUGAUGACCUGAAUAUUGAUUUGUAGCAGUUUUCAUCAGUUGUGUGUCCCCCCUUCUCUUCUUAGCCAAUGGAUUCCAUGCAUGACAAGACAAUACCUGAAGACACUCGUUAUAACCAGAUGAAAGGUAUGGCCAUGAGACCUGGUGGUCACUCUGGGAUGGGACCCCCACCAAGUCCUAUGGACCAACACUCACAAGGUAAACCGAACUCUAUGCCUUGACAUACAAUUUAUGGUAAUCUCCACAACAGAAGAGCUUUAAUUUGUUGUAUUUUUCAGGGUAUCCUUCACCCCUGGGAAACUCUGAGCAUGUGUCAAGCCCUGUGCCCUCUAAUGGGCCACCUUCUGGCCCCCCUCUGCCUUCUGGAACUGGAGGGGUGAACAUGGAAAACUCUGACCCCCAGCCGCAACAACAAACAAACCGCACCCCGACACCUUUCAAUCAGAAUCAGCUGCAUCAGUUACGCGCACAAAUAAUGGCUUACAAGAUGUUGGCCAGAGGUCAGGCCUUACCUGAUCACCUUCAAAUGGCCGUGCAGGGAAAAAGACCCAUGCCUGGUAUGCAGCAGCAGAUGCCAACACUACCUCCACCCGCAGCUUCUGGGACUGGUACAGGGCCUUCCCCAGGGCCGGGUCCAGGACCUGGGCCAACACCACCUAACUACAACCGACCUCACGGUAAGAGCUAUAUACAGAUUUAGAUCGAUCGGAACUUUUAAUUGUCUUCAAUUCUUUUAGAGUGGACUAUACAAGUGACUGCUAAUCUUUUUAAACUUUUUUUUUUCCAUGAUGCUCAGCCAACCCUAAAGCUGGUUUAACAUUAUUGGAAAUUAAGUUGAAUAACCGCUGGCGUGCCGAUGCAGUUAUCGGUCUAAACCAAUAUACAACAGUUCCUAUAGCACCGAGAGUUUAAUGCUUUACUUCAUACUGCUCAUUUCAUGCAUUUUUCAAAUUGUAAAUCUGCUUUCUUGUACAGGUAUGGCCGGGCCCACCAUGCCUCCACCAGGGCCUUCUGGUGCUCCCCAUGGGAUACCUGGUCACCCUCCUGGUGCUCCUGCUAAACCGUGGCCUGAGGGUAAGUGAUAUUACAAAUACCAUAUUUGAGCAAAGUUAACUUUCUAUUCUUUAAUUGUUGCUUAAUAAAUAGUUUAACUUGCCUUGAUUAGCCUAAAGUGUAACUGUCUCUUUGGUGGUGGAACCAUAGUAAAAUUUACUACAGAUGUAGAUUCAGUAUAUUUCUCCAACUGCCUUAUGCUCUGUUUUUAGUUCCUAUGGCUAAUGCAGCAGCUCCAGCUACUGCCCCCCAGAAGCUGAUUCCUCCUCAGCCUACGGGUCGACCAUCGCCUGCUCCUCCUGCCGUGCCUCCUGCUGCUUCUCCUGUCAUGCCCCCACAGACGCAGUCGCCAGGGCAGCCUGCACAACCUCCUCCUAUGGUACAGUUCCAUCCCAAGCCCAACAGAAUCACCCCCAUCCAAAAACCUCGGGGUCUCGAUCCUGUAGAAGUGCUGCAGGAACGUGAAUACAGGUGAGAAGUUCAAAUGGUUAUUACAGGCUAGUAAUAAUAAAGAUCAUGGGAGUUUUUUUUAUAAAUCCAGAUUUAUCUGCACCUAACUGCUGGGACUGAGAAGAUCCCUGUUCACUUAAACCCUGUUGUGCACAACUGCUUGCUUUAUAUGCAACACAUGGAAAACUAACACAUCCUAUUUUGACUUUCUAGUCAGUGGGAGCUUUGGUAGUCAUUGUGAAGCUAUGGAGAUAAGUUGAUUAGUGUGCCAGCUGUAAAUUUUCUUAAUCCUUAGAAUCUCACAUUCUGUUCCCAGCAGGGUCAACUUAACAAGUAGUUUUUUAUUUCGUUUUUUUUUUUCCAUUAAUGGUAAAAUGAGUUUCCUUUAAUACAGCCUUGGAAUCUUUCUUUGCUGAUUGUAUAAACGAUUCAAGGUGGGUGGUUUCAUAUCUCACACCAUGCUCUCUCUGCAGGCUUCAGGCAAGAAUUGCACACCGAAUCCAGGAGCUGGAAAAUCUUCCGGGUUCUUUGGCCGGAGAUCUGAGGACCAAAGCUACCAUAGAGCUAAAGGCACUGAGACUUCUGAACUUCCAGAGACAGGUGAGCGCAACUGUUGAGGUUUAUGGGAACUGUAGUCUGUACCAGCUGGAACCUUUCAAACUCAGGCUGGAUGAGUUAAAAGAUUUUCACAUAACGCAAGGAUACGAUUUGUAACACUACAUUCUAGAUGUGCCUUACCUGGUUUCUUCUCAAAUUGUAAUACAGUUAAGGCAGGAAGUAGUCGUCUGUAUGAGGCGGGACACUGCACUGGAAACUGCACUGAAUGCCAAGGCCUACAAACGCAGCAAGCGCCAAUCCCUGAGAGAGGCGCGGAUAACAGAGAAAUUAGAGAAACAGCAGAAGGUUGAACAGGAACGCAAAAGGCGCCAGAAACACCAGGUUAGUUGAGAAGAUAAAAAUCUGCUGUGUUGUAACAGAGAACUACUAAAAUGGCCGGAAACCAUUGCUUCAUCAUUUCUAGAGAUAAACUGCUCAAAUUAUGUCCUUUUGAAUCUUCAUGCAUGCCUUUCUUUUUUUUAGAGCAGCGAACUUCAAGAAGAAUUAUUGUUGGUUAGCACUGGGUAACUGUCAUGACAAAUACAGCUUAAUCUUAAAUGACAGCAGAAUUCCUAGGAAAUGGAGAAGUAUAGAGAAGGGGAAGGCGCUGUGCCAGAGCAGAAGCAGCAGCAGCUCUGAGAGAAUAGAGAAACUAUUUAUUGAAACCAUUUUGGACAGUCUGUCUGAGAAUGGAGAGAGAACAUAUAAAUUUUAUUUACACAAAAGCAGCAUAAAGUGUUGUGGUUUUUUAACCUGUUAUUGGAAGCAAGUCUGCGCUCUCAAAAAGAGUGUAACGUCAUUGUAGAUGUUUUCAGCAGGAGAUGGGCUAUUGGAAAUAAAUGUAAAUAUGAGCUUUUAUGACUGUAUUAAGGGAAGAAAUUCUUGUUUAGCGGAAGUCAAGUUAAAUAUUCGAAAACUGAAAAUGACAGGUUCACUUCAACAUACUAUAUUUAUUUUUUCUUCCCUGAAAAUUCUUAUAAUGUAACUUGUAAAUGCGACUACUUUCAAUCUUACCUUGUCUUUUAUUUCCUCCACUCCCCCACGCCCUAUUUCCAGGAAUAUCUAAACAGCAUUCUCCAGCAUGCCAAGGACUUCAAAGAAUUCCACCGCUCCGUAACAGGGAAGAUCCAGAAACUGACCAAGGCUGUGGCCACGUACCAUGCUAAUACAGAACGGGAACAGAAAAAGGAGAAUGAGAGAAUUGAAAAAGAGAGAAUGCGGAGGCUUAUGGUCAGUAUGUUCUACUCCGACCACUGGCACAUAAGUUAUUUAACGUUUAAUAAAAUGUUUGUGCAUUUUUAGGUUAUAUGUAUUUUCUAGUCUUUAUGGCGGGUUACUUUUUAAUAAGGCUUUGUUCCCUCAAGUUGUUCUAUAAAUCUACACUGGUUUAUAAAAUUAUAAUUAAUUUCCAGAUGCUUUUACCCUAUCCUGUAUACCAAGAUCAGUUUAAAUGUAAACCAUUUGGAAUCUACCUUAUCCCAGCCCAACACGGGGUUUUGAGAAGCUUUUGCGGACUGUUGAAAUGAAACUCUCUGGUUUGUUCUAGAUGUUGGUUUGGUGAGUGAAUGUUCCUCUUUGCUCAUGUGUGUUUUGUUUCUUCCUCCUUUAGGCCGAAGAUGAGGAAGGUUACAGGAAGCUUAUUGACCAAAAGAAAGACAAGCGUCUUGCUUACCUCCUACAGCAGACGGAUGAGUAUGUAGCCAACCUGACAGAGCUGGUCAGGCAACACAAAGCCGCUCAGGUUUUAAAAGAGAAGAAGAGGAGAAAAAAAAAAAAGGUGGGGUGCCUGUAUGACCAUGUCAUUACAACACAGUGCUGUAAUGUGCUGCUGUCAGGGUCUUGGCCAGAUGUGAACCUUUUUCACGUCUGAUUCAUGUACAAAUUCUCAAGAAUGGCUGUUGUUGCAGGUGCAGGAGAAUGCAGAGGGUCAGCAGCCUGUACUUGGACCAGAUGGAGAGGUGAGUAGGAAUGCAUCCUUCCUGGCUAGAGGAACAUUAUGAAGGGUUCUGGGAAUCCAAGGUCAAGCGAAUGUGUCCAUUAACCUUCUCCACCAUCUUCCUUCUGCAGCCACUGGAUGAGACCAGUCAGAUGAGUGAUCUUCCGGUCAAAGUCAUCCACAUGGAGAGUGGAAAGAAACUCACUGGAGCUGAUGCUCCAAAGGCUGGACAACUGGAGACAUGGCUGGAAAUGAAUCCUGGGUACGUACAGCUGAUUGUCAGUACAGUGUCUGUUGUAGAUCAAAAAUUCACAAACACUUGUAGAACUUGAAAUGAUUACUCGAGCUUCACGGAUCUCAUUCAGAGGGUUUAUUUUUAUCAGUUGCUCACACAUGGAACCAUAAACUGUUUAUUGAACGAAUCGUCUUCCUGCAAGCUGGCUUUAUUCACAGUGGUUUUUGGCACACUCUGCCUCGUGUUUUACUUUUUUUUUUUUUUUUUUUACCCACUCUUUUGAGAAGCUAAGUAUAUAGUGUCACAAAUAACUUACUGUAGUUGUUCUAGUGAGUAUGGUCAGUCCCUGCAUGCUUUUUUCUGUAAAUGCUGCCUUUUCAGAGAUCAGACCGUGUUUACAUUGCUGCUUAGGGACACCUCCAGUAGUCACUCCUCUGGCCACUGGAGGUGCUUCCUGGGGCAAUGCAUCUCUGAGGAGAUGCUGAUUGGCCAAGCUGCCAUUUGGCCCUGCUCCGGCACCGCUCCUUUGGUUGAGAUCAUAAAUUCUGAUGUCAGUCAAGGAGGCGGAUCAGGGCAGGGCCAGCACCGGCAUACCCACACGGUGCUGGAAAUAAGGUAAGUUUUUUUUGUUUUUGUUUUGUGUUUUUUUAUUUUUUUUUUAUUUUUUUUUCUUACCUUUUAUGGGGGGGCAAGCCACCUUAUGUUUUUUUUUUUGUUUUUUUUUGUCACUCUUUAUUUUAUUGUGCAUAUCACGAACAAAGCAGGUAUCUUACGCCACGACAGCGGCACAAACCCAAAUUAUAAUAUACAUGUUAUAACCUUGUCAUGGCAUACAGUUUUCUUGCACAUUUUUGGUAAAUGUAGAUGAAUACAUGCUAGUCAGGUAUGUCUAUGGUAAAUGAGCAUAAAACGGUUAUCUCGCGAGAAGGUCUAGACAUAUGCCUAAAUGCUGGGUUUUAACACUAUACAUUUGUCUUCCUUUAAAUUCCACAGGUAUUGUGUAACUGGGGUUAUUGUAGGUUGUCCUAUUCUGUGGGAUAUCCUGACCAAUUGCAUAUUUAAAUAAAAUAAAUUUCAGUAUAUUUUUGUAAUGGAAUAGAGGAAAACUGUUGGAAAUAAAUAGACGAAUUUUGUAAGAUAUGUGCAGAUUAAAUGAGAGGAAAGGACAACCGUGACAAAGAGGUGUUUAUCACUAGGGAACACUGACACCUUGUGUUUGUUAUUGUAGAUUUUUAAUACAUGGUGUCCGAAAAGUUUGUGAAAUUGCUCACAUCCGUGACUUGAUUGACAUUUGAAUUUGAACUUAAUUUGGUUUUCUUUAUAGAUAUGAAGUGGCUCCCAGAUCAGACAGCGAGGAGAGCGAAUCAGAUGAGGAGGAAGAGGUGAGUUACGCUGUAAAAAGGGCAUUUGUAGAUAAAUCUAUAGGGCUUACUUGGGCACACAAUAUAUUAUCCACUUAUGCCAUUGAAGGAGAGAUCUCAUCAUCUGCAGUGCCAAGUAAGGAUUGCCAGUGUCUCUUUACUUUCGAGUGUUUGUGACCUGAUACGGUACUGCAGAUGUUGGCUACUUUCUCAUGAAGCUAAGACAGCAUCAAGGAAAUGUAGUUACUGCCUCGAGGAAUAGUAUCUCUGGCAUGCAUUUGCUUAGGAAAAAAAUGCCAACUAUAUAGAAAUUGAUGAGACUAACGUAGCUUUGUUCAAUUUGUGUUCCAGUGUGUAAAAUGUAUGCUGUUUAUUGGCGACUUGAACAUUAUUGUAAUGUAAUUCUUCUUGAAUCGUAAAACACUAAGGAUUCUGCAUAUAUGAUUUACCCCUUCUGUGACAUAGAAUACCUUACUUUUGGCUAGGGUGAAAAAUUAUGCUUCUAUAGUCUAUAGAAAGUCAAAGAUUUCUGACUAGUUUUUGAAGAUGUGAGGACUGCUUUAUGGAUAUACUUGCUGCUUCAGAUUUCUUUCUGUUCACAAAUAAAUAUCUUUCUCUCUCUCGAUAUAGAUAUCUCUAGAUCAUAGGCGUGCGCACGGGGUGUGCCUGGGCACACCCUAAUCCCGCGGCACGCCUAUGGAGUGAGACCGGCAGGGGAGAUCUCAGGAUCCCCCCUGUCGGCUCAUGCAGAGCCGGCGCCGGCUCUGCUCUCAGCCUCUCUCCCCACCGGCCCGCAGGGAGGGAGGACCCGGCGGAGCUAUUGCCGGCAGCUCCGCCGGGUUCCUCUCGCGAGAUAUGAGCGUUGCCACGGCAACGCUCAAAUCUCGCGAGAGUGAACUCUAGCCCCACAGGGGGUUAGAGUUCACUCUCCACUGGACCACCAGGGAAGGAAGCAGCAGCACAUCCCCCCUCCCUACAAAAGGUAAGAAGGGAGGGGGGAUAGCAAAUAAUGUACCCCCACAAUCACACACAGACCCACACACAGCACCCACAGACACACACAGCACCCACAGACGCACACACAGCACCCACAGACGCACACACAGCACCCACAGACGCACACACAGCACCCACAGACGCACACAGCACACACAGCACCCUCACAAACACACACAGCACACAAACAGAACCCUUACACACAGCACACAAACAGCACCCUCACACACACACAGCACACAAACAGCACCCUCACACACACACAGCACACUAACAGCACCCUCACACACACACAGCACACUAACAGCACCCUCACACACACACAGCACACUAACAGCGCCCUCACACACACACAGCACACUAACAGCACCCUCACACACACAGCACCCUCACACACAGUACAUUAAUAGCACCCUCACACACAGUACAUUAACAGCACCCUCACAAGCGCGCACACACACAGUACAUUAACAGCAUCCUCACAAGCACACACACAAACAGCACCCUCACACACAGUACAUUAACAGCAUCGUCACACACACAUCACACUAACAGCACCCGCACACACAUACAGCAGUGUGUGUAUAUGUGUGUGUGUGUGUGUGUGUGUGUGUGUGUGUGUAUAUAUAUAUAUAUAUAUAUAUAUAUAUAAUGUGUAUAUGUAUAUAUAUAUAUGUAUAUGUAUGUAUGUGUAUAUAUAUAUGUAUGUAUAUAUAUGUGUGUGUGUGUGUGUAUAUGUAUGUAUAUAUAUGUGUGUGUGUGUGUGUGUAUAUGUAUGUAUAUAUGUAUAUGGCGUGUGCUUGUGCUUUAGGGUGCACACCCUAAUGCAAUAGGCUGCGCACGCCUAUGCUCUAGAUAUAGAUAUCUCUAUAUCUCUAGCUAUUUAUCUAUCAAAAUCCAAAGAGGUUAUGGUGGGGAAAAAUUGUGAUUGAAAACACCUUCCACCUGAAGUCUGUGGAUAGUUAAUACAAUGUUAAAAUAAAAUCUGCACACCAGUCAAGCUAUAAGACUUGCUUUUCCCACAAAUCACAAAUCUGCAGUGAUGUUACUACUGCAAAGAAUUCUGGGUGGGCAUAUGCAAAUUAGCUUAACAAUUACAUUUUUGCCUCAUUCCAUUUUAAACAUGUAUUCCUUUUAGUCUGUGUUUGCGGUAUACCAACAGCUUGAGACACAAGUUAGGAAAAGAUGCAAAGCCAAUGAACCACUCAAGGACAGCUGUUUCGUUGUUAAUGCAACUCAUCAGCAUAAGGUUGGUUACUGGUUUGCGUAUUGAGGCUUGGUAGUGCUUGGGAAGCAAAAUCCAAAAAGGUUAUGGUGGGAAAAAAUUGUGAUUGAAAACCCCUUCCACAUGACGUUUGUGGAUAGUUAAUACAAUGUUAAAAUAAAAUCUGCACACCAGUCAAGCCAUAAGACUUGCCUUUCCCACAGAAAUCACAAAUCUGCAGUGAUGUUACUACUGCAAAGGAUUCUGGGUAGGCAUAUGCAAUAAUCAUAAAUGUACAGCACAUCUAUAGUAUAAAGAAAUAUUAUAGAUUCUUUUAAUAUAAUUGAAAUACACUUGGAAGUAUUUGGUUACGGUUAACUGACUUCAGUCCAAGCAGACAAACUCAAGGCUCCAAAUAUAUUUCUCCUCAUGAUGUAUUGUAGGUAAACACUUUGGCUCUGUGGAUAAAGUAUAAAUGGGCUUCCUACCAGUCUAGGAUAUACUGUUAGAAUAUGUUGUUUGAAACUGACUCUCUUAAUGCUUUGUCCUUUGACCCAGGAAGAGGAAGAGCAGCCAAUGUCUUCAGUCACUGCUUUGCCCACAGUAGGGGAGAAGAAAAUUCCCGACCCAGACAGUGAUGAGGUCUCAGAGUUUUACGCUCGGGAAAUUAUCGAGUGAGUAUUGUAGGCUUGUAAACGUUCCAUUCUCGAUGUUUCUGUAACCAGCAGAUUAGCAGUCUUUUAUUUAUAAAUCCUAAAUCCUUGGAAAAGGACUUUGUAAUAAGGACAGGGAUGCCUUAACUGCUAACCUCUGCUACAAAAGCGUUUUGUUUUUUAAAUUAUUAAUCGUCCAGCCUACAGCUAAAACUUAUAUGGGGACUUUAAAUCAAAUUUGAUUAUGAACACAUCUGAUUCCCAGGCUGUCUGCUUCCUCUGUUCUCAUUCAAACCUUUUUAUGGUAAUCCUUUUUAAAAAUCAACUUUUCUUGCCUGCAGGUGUGCCAGACAGGACGUGGAUGAUGAAUACAGUAUAUCACAGGCUGCAGAAAGAGGUCUUCAGUCAUAUUAUGCUGUGGCACAUGCCGUGAGUGAGAAAGUAGAGAAACAGUCGUCGCUGCUAGUGAAUGGUUUCCUGAAGCAAUACCAGGUGAGUUUCUCCACCUUGCUAUUCUUUAAUGUACAUUUAUUUGUAUAAUGUGUGUGUGCAUGCUGGAGUUCAUACUACUUUCUAAACUUUUAGCUUUCUGAUGCGAUCUGUUUCUGUGGUUAAUUUAUGCUUUUUUUCUCUUCCACAGGUUAAAGGUCUCGAGUGGCUGGUUUCUUUAUACAAUAACAACCUGAACGGCAUCCUCGCUGAUGAAAUGGGUCUGGGGAAAACUAUCCAGACCAUUGGACUCAUAACAUACCUCAUGGAACACAAGCGGAUUAAUGGCCCCUUCCUGAUUAUCGUGCCACUUUCGUGAGUUUCACCAGAUUGGAACUGCCUAGAGCAUUGUAUUGGCCAAUGUUUACCACUGAUGCUUCUGUAGAUUACUUUUCCCAUGAUCCUUAGCGGCAAUGACUGGAUUAGCCAUUAUUGGCUUACAAGAGAAUUUCGCUCUGAGGCUCUUAAUAUGAUGCAUAGUUGGAAAUGUGGUAUUAGUGACCAAGACUUUUAAACUUCAUCUUGAACCUUUUUCACGUGGUCACUAAUGGGUUUUAAUAGAGUUGAGCAGCUCUUCUGUGUUUCCAUUAACCAUUUAACCACCAAGCUAUUGUAUAUUCUAUAGAUUGUUUGUCCAAUCUUCAAUCCUCACAGGCACACUAACAGGCAUACAAGUCAGAUUCACAUCCUAAGUGAAUUGUAAUCUCAAACUGUGGGCUCGUGUGCAAAUGUACUUCGUGGAAAUCCCCUAAUUCUAUAUGACUGUGUGAAAUAGCAUUAUGGCAAUGUAUAUAGAAAUGAAAAAUCAGUUUAGUAGAUAUAUUUCCAAAAAAGAGUAUGUAUGUAUGUAUGCAUGUUUUCUCUUGGUGGUAUAGGGUAUAGGAAUAGUGGCUUGCAAUAGCUGCAGAUCUAAUAUCUGACAAUACUGAAAACACUUUCCUUCUUCUCCAGAACAGAUUUGGUCUGAGCUAGGCAAUAACCAAUCAAAGCCUUCUUAGACAAUCACUUCUCAAUGAGCAGUUUCAACCGGGCCAAACAGUGCCUCCCUGCUGCGUGACUGCCAGGGAGGUAUUUUAGUAUUCAUUUAUAAAAGUGACAAUUUCUCUUGAAAUCAUCACUUUUGUGAAAUGAAACCAAAGACACACUCUACACACGAAAACCCUUUUUCUUUUAAAUGUAGUUUUUCUGCUCUAUAAUUGGUGCUUUGGUGACUUUCCAGUCAUGCUGCACAGGGUCGGGAAAGGUAGGCGUUUUUUAGUGUGAUUUAAUGGGACUAAUAUGAUUUUUAUCCUUUCUGUUGCAGAACACUUUCCAACUGGGUUUAUGAGUUUGAUAAAUGGGGGCCAUCAGUGGUGAAAGUAUCAUACAAGGUAAGUUGACAUACAUAUAAAAUGUUGUGUAUAAUCAUAAUAAUAUGCACACAGGGGCGCAGCUCCUACUGAAACUAUAAAACCAAAGUUGUAAUUCACGUUAAUACAAAGAUGUAAGACCUGCAAUGGAAUCACGCAGUUCUGUAAUUGCCCAAGGUUCUUUGUCCAUGAACACCCAGGCUUGUUAAAGGCCUUUAUGAUGUAGUCGUAGUGGGAAAUCCACUUCAUGUCAAAAACAUGAACACCUUUGUUUAGUAGCAAAGCUAUUUUAAUAAAAUGAUGCCACUCUUUUUCAAAUGUGUGUUCUAAGUCCACAGAUGUUCAAACGGCUACUAGAUGCAUACUUGCAAGAACAGAAUAUUCAAGGAUAUAAUCUUUCAAUGUAGGGUAAUAACUGCUUGAUCCAAGGAUAAAUCUGACUGCCAUUCUGGGGUCAAGAAGGAAUUUUUUUCCUAGUUUGUUGCAAAAUUGUGCUUCAAACUGGGUUUUUUUUUGCCUUCUUUUGGAUCAACAGCAAAAAACAAAUGUGAGGUAGGCUGAACUUGAUGGACGCAAGUCUCUUUUCAGCUAUGUAACUAUGUAAAAUAAAAUGGGCCAUUUCGGAUUAUUGGCCAUUAAGUUCCAGGAAAAUUUGGAUUUUAAUGUCAGUUUGGGUGACAGGGAAAGAGUAUUUCUUUUUUUUAUUUUUUAUUUUUUUUUAUGCCUCUUGCUGUCUGUUUUUACAGGGCUCACCUGCUGCUCGCCGCGCCUUCGUUCCCCAGCUCCGCAGUGGGAAGUUUAACGUCCUCCUCACUACGUAUGAGUACAUCAUUAAGGACAAGCACAUUCUGGCCAAGGUGUGUGUUGCUUUGUCACAAGGCCUGAUAAGUAGUGGGCUUCUGGCAGUGUCUGCAAAUAUCACUUAAAGGCACAUUUUCCUAUAUUUUACCAGUGUCUCUUUACUGAAUUGAACAUUAAAUCUGUUAAGGGUAUCUCUUCUUUGAUAGUGUCUGUCCUGGGGUGUAAGAUAAAUGGAUAAAGGGUUUCUGUUUGUAUCCUAUGUUUUCCUUUCUUCUUUUGCCCCAAUGUUCUGUUAGAACAAGGCUGAUAACUUUUCCAUCUCUGCUUACAGAUCAGGUGGAAGUACAUGAUUGUGGAUGAAGGCCAUCGGAUGAAGAACCAUCACUGCAAGCUCACACAAGUGCUAAACACACAUUACAUUGCCCCCCGACGUCUGCUUCUGACAGGGACCCCACUGCAGAACAAGCUCCCAGAACUGUGGGCCCUGCUCAACUUCCUGCUUCCAACUAUCUUCAAAAGCUGCAGCACUUUUGAGCAGUGGUUCAAUGCCCCUUUUGCAAUGACUGGGGAAAAGGUAUGUCAUCAAUGCUAUUCUAAAUAUUAUUUAUACGGAGUUUGGACUUCAAGGCUGCUUCUAGUCUCUGCUUAAUUUAUUUCUACACUUAAGGCAUCGUUCAAUCCACAAAGCCUGUCCUGAGUGAACACAGCAUCUCUCGUAAAUCACUUUCAAACAGCCGCAGCUCAGAACGCUUUCUACUGACCUGCCAUUUAAAUCUUUUGAAGUCUUGUAACAUGUAUUUUAUUGCUGUAUAGCAGUCUUGUGAAAUGUAACAAUCUAGCAAAUUAGAUAGAUUCUCAUAAACGUAUUAGAAUAGUCUUAUCUGUGCUCUGCAGGCUGAAAUAUCAAAGUUUUUUUUGUGUUUUUUUUUGUUGAUUGUAAAGUGCUUUAAUGGCGUUGAUUUCUCUCGUAUGUUGAAAACUGAUAAAGAAUCUGCUUUUAAUGUCUCCCAUGGAAACACAAAUGAUUUCACACCAUUCCUUUGUCGGCACAGGUCGAUCUAAAUGAAGAGGAAACCAUUCUAAUUAUCAGACGUCUUCAUAAAGUCCUACGUCCAUUCUUGCUUCGAAGACUUAAAAAGGAAGUAGAAGCUCAGCUGCCAGAAAAGGUUUGUGUAGUUGGUUAAUAACUUCUUACCUUUUUGAAGAGUUGUUAAAAAUGCUUGGAGCAUGCUUUCAAAUUCUAUUUCUUUUAUAAAUAGAUGCUGUCCCCACCAUCUCAUUGGGACCAAUUUUUUUGUACCUUGAAAGUAAAAAUUUUUUUUUAAAAAUGGAUUGUUGAUCACGGGACUAAAACAUACAACCUUGGGGUGUAAUUGAAGUUCUUCAGUUGUCGGACAGUUAAUAUCUUCCCAGCUUAGAACUAUCUUAUGAUCCUGAAGGGUAGCUCAGAGUAAACAUGACAUCUACAAAUUGUGUGGGUCACAUGUUCGCACUCUGCUAGAUACUGGCGGAAUCUUUUCCUGUGUGUUGAUGAAAUCUCCUGCAAGUGUAUAAUAUUUAGUCUGUAGCUACUAAAAGUUUGCGUCUUGGCUUUUUUUUUUUUCUCCAUACGUGGCAGGUUGCCUUGGAUUGGUUGGUGCACAUGCGCCCACCCUUAAUUGAAGCAGUUAUCCUACAAUUUCUAGCUUUCAGUUAUACGUUAGGAGUUGUGGGAUAAAAGUUGUCAGGGUGUUGAUGUAUGGUGUGUUUGGACCCCUCAAAGGACUUUCUUUGCGGCUAUGCAUUUGCUGGCACAAUGUCUGCAAGAUGUUUGUGCCAUAUAAAGUAAUUCCGAGUCAUGUUGGGCAUCUUGUUUUAGAAGACCUUCAUUCAGACAGGAAAUUGUGGCAACAUGUAGUCAUUUAGUUUUCUGUUUUGGAAGCUAAAGCAUGGUAAUCAAAUAGACUCGGGAUAAAUGGAAACAUUCCAUUCGUCAUCACAGAAAUCUUAAUGAUCCCCACUAAAUACAAAGGUAUUAUCUAAGUAGGUAUGAAAGACCAGAUAUCAUCCGAUCGUCUUUAUUCUUUUAGGUUUAAAAAUACUAAAUGUAUAACCUGUGCAAAAAGAUGACCCCUACACGUAAUUAAAUGAAAAUACAUUUUGUUGCCUGAAACUCGCUAGCGCGAUCAUCUCUUAGUUGGAUUCCAUUUGUAAAUAAGUGUACAGGAUAUACAGUGAUCUCCCCUUCACUAUCUGUUGUUCUCAGGCCAAUACACCUUUGGGGACUCAUGAAUAUAUUUAGUUUAUUCAGUUUCUUCUUUUAAAGGUUUUCCUUUCACAUUUUUACGGUUCAGAGUGUACAAGAUUAUUUUAUUUUUUUUGUGUGUGUUUUUGUUUUUGUCUUGCUUUCCUGCAGCAUUUUGUUAUUUGCCUCUCUGGUGCUUAGGGUAUGAUGUCAGGGCUAUGGACUAGAUAAUAAUCCUCUGUCUUUUCAACAGGUCGAAUAUGUCAUCAAGUGUGACAUGUCCGCAUUGCAGCGCGUCUUAUACAGACACAUGCAGGCCAAGGGAGUCCUUCUGACAGACGGUUCAGAAAAAGAUAAAAAGGUCAGUUUAUCUCCAAUGUAAAACUAAUAUCUCAAAAUGUUCAGAGUUUGUGCAUGAGCAGAACAGCAUCCUUACACGAAUUAAUGCUUAGAAGCCAGUUUUCCAAACGUUUUUACUAUGGAAUUGUGGUUAAAGCACAAAUAAGUACUGUAACGACAAUAGGACAACAAAAUCGAUUACACAGCAAACACUUGUGUUCACUUUACCUAAAAAGUCAAAUUUACACACCCUUAAGCCUUCACGAUAAUCACCGCUGCAGUUGUACCUAGUUGUUUUUAGGUUGUGAACCCUCCUCCCCCAUUUUUCCCCAUCAUAAAAUUUUAUUUAAAAAAAAAAAAGUGCUUUCCUUCCUCCCUCCCCUUCACGUCGGAAAUGUUUGUUACACUUUGCUCUUAUAUUUAUUUAUUUUUAAUUGGUGGGUCACACUAGUGAUUUUCCGUUUUAGUUUAUCAAGUGAUCUGAUGCUGAAUAUCCUAUUUGGUUAUAUUAAUUAGGUCCGUACUCAGAUUGUGAAUGUGCUCUGUUAAUUUUUAUUGACCUUUCAAUACAGGGUAAAGGAGGAACCAAGACUCUCAUGAACACAAUCAUGCAGCUGAGAAAGAUCUGUAACCACCCCUACAUGUUCCAGCACAUAGAGGUAGGUGUCAGAGGUCACUGUCUGUGCAUGCAGUAAUAUCUACACUGGUUCCUUAUUGGUUAGAAUUGUUCCCCUCUCCCCUCUCUAUAAUUAACAAAGUCCAUUCUAUGAUUUUUAUGAAUGUGGUUGCAUUAUUGUUCCCCUCCCCCACCCCCCAAGUUUUGUUUGUAACUAGUUACUUUGUGUUUCAGGAGUCCUUCUCAGAACACCUUGGAUUCACUAAUGGUAUCGUGCAAGGGUACGUAACUGGCAUGCCAAGAAUUCAGUGGACUAAAUGACCUAUUAAAACCAUUUUAGCAUUGUAAAAAAAUAUUAUUUAUUAUACAUUUAGUUUGUUUCCUUCCAUCUUAUUUCAAUAGUUUACAGUUAUUCUUUUCUGUUCUUUUUCCCCACAGUAUAGAAUAUUUUAGAAAUGGUGAAGUUCUAAUAGUGUUGCUGAAGUAAUGCAGUUGGCAGAAAGUGACAGCAUAGCUGACUAGUCUUACAGAUUUUUGGUUGAUAGACAUUGACAAUUAAAUACAAGAGUUAAAGUAUUGUAUGCUUGACGUCCAUUCGUUAUUGUGACAGGUCUUUUCCUUUCUCCACACAGGCAGGACCUAUACCGUGCGUCUGGGAAGUUUGAGCUUCUAGACCGCAUCCUCCCAAAGUUACGCAACACCAACCACAAGGUUCUUCUCUUCUGCCAGAUGACCACUCUUAUGACCAUAAUGGAAGAUUAUUUUGCUUAUCGUGGAUUUAAAUACCUCAGGUUGGAUGGUAAGUGGAUCAAUAGAAUGUAAUUUGCCAUGCCUGUGUUUUUGUUUUCUUCUGUUUUUUUUUUUUGUUUUUUUUUUUCUCUGCCUUUCUUUUUUCAUACAUGUAUCACUGCACUAGCCAUGCCGUGGAGAGUCUAAACUCAUGAUAGCUUUUUAAGUCAUAGAAAAUGAUGACCUGCUGAGCAGACUCCUAAUAAUCUGUCGAACCAAUUUCCUGUUUCAUUUAGUGCUCUUUCAGUCGUCUACCUUCAUAUCUCCAAUUGAAGGCCAUUCUUAUCAGUUUUCCUAUUAAUCUAUUUUGUUCGUUUCACUUAUAUUAACAGUGAUGCUUAUGUUUACUUCUUUGGUAGGUACCAUCUUCUAUAAACGCUUGCAUUAACCCAUUAAGGACUGAGCCAAAUGUACACGUUGUGAUCAAAACAAAACGUAAACAAAAACUUUAAUUUGCGCCAUAUGUCUGUUCAGGCGUAAUUCGCCUCUUUCAUAUUAUGUGCUCCCACACUUAUUAUAUAUCAUUUUAUUCAGGAGAAACAGGGCUUUCAUUUAACAUCAUAUAUUUAGGUAUAAAACAUAAUUUUAAUAUGAAUAAAAUAUCGAAAAAUGGGAGAAAAUAAGAAUUUUAAAAAAAUGUUUAGUUCUACGUGACAUUCUAACUGUGACUGUCAUAAUACUGUUUGCUUAUACUGCAAUAAAAUAAGUUAACGUUAAUUUGUUUGUGUGUGAAAAAUGCAAAAAACGAAUUUGAAUGCCAAUUCUGGCCAGUGUUUGUGACUAAGUGCCUACUAAAAAAGACUGGACAUACUCCAUUUGCAAUACCUACUACUUUUGCUAAUGGUAUGCCAUCAUGGGGGCUAAUUCUUAUUUCUGGGCUACCAUACGGUCUCAAAGGCAACAUAACCAAGCUGGCGAAUGUCAAUGUGAAAAAACUGAAACGCAAGCCUUAUAUUUUAUUCUGUAACUUUUGAAAACUCCAUAAAACCUGUACAUGAGGGGUACUGUUAUACUCAGGAGACUUUGCUGAACACAAAUAUUUGUGUUUCAAAACAGUAAAAAGUAUUACAACAAUCAUAUCGUCCAUGUAAUUGCCGUUUAUGUGUGAAAAAUGCAAAAAACUUAACUUUUACUGACAAUAUCAUCACUGUAAUACAUUUUACGGUUUUGAAACACAAAUAUUUUGUGUUCAGUGAUGUCUCCCGAAUAAAAUCGUUCCCCCUCCGCCCCACUUUCGGCCUGGGUUGUCAGGCAGGUCCCGCAAAUUGUCAUAAUUAUGUCCUUAUAUUAUUAUAUAAAUAUAUAUCAAAUUAUUUUAUGUGUGUAAAUUUUUUAAUUUUUUUAUAUAUAUAUAUAUAUAUAUAUAUAUAUAUAUAUAUAUAUAUAUUGUUCUAUGUGUAUUUUGAUAGCAAUAUAUAUUAUCAAAAUACAGUUAGAACGAAAUUACACAUUUUAAUUUUUAUUUUUUAAUUUUUUAACGUAUUUACAUAUUUUUAUUAUAUAAAUAUAUAUAAUUAUAUAUAUUCAAUAUCCUUCUACGUGUAUUUUGAUAUUAAUAUUCAAAUACACUUAGUGUAUGUGUGUGUGUGUAUAUAUAUAUAUAUAUAUAUAUAUAUAUAUAUAUAUAUAUAUAUAUAUACACACAAAUUAUACUUAGAUUAUAUAUAUAUAUAUAUAUAAAUAAUCUAUCUCUAAGUAUAUUUUAUUUGUAACUGUAAUUUAUUUUUUUAACUAAUCAGUGGCUGACACACAGGAUCAGUGAUCAUAGUGACUGCCUGUCACUGUGAUCACCUCCUGCAGAUUGGGUAAUUGACCACAGGGGGAGUGCCUGGGUGGUACAAGCACUCCCCCUACCAAUCUGCAGGGGGAUCAUUGCGCCUGUUACAUGUAUCAGCCAUUAGGCUGACACAUGUAACACUGAUGUCACUGUGAUCUCAGACAUGUGCAGAUCGCGGCCACAGGGGGGUUGCCUGGGGGGUCAGGUAUGUCCCCCGACCGUGAUCUGCACAGGGGAAAGCCGCCAGCCACGUGUAUCAGCCACAGUAAAUACUGAUCGCAGUGACACUGCGAUCAGAGACUGCAGGUCGCGGUCACCGGCCACAGGGGAGGUUGCCUGGGGGGCCAGGCAUACCCCCAACCGCCCUCUGCAGCUGACGAUUAGCGCCGGACACGUGGGCGGCCAUUAUAGCGAGGGCGUACUAUUACGCCCCCGGCGUUUAGAGCCAGCUCCUGCAGGGCAUAAUAGUACGCUCUCCGGAUUUAAGGGGUUAAAGGAAGUGUCCGCAUUGUACCCUUGACCCCAUAUUUCUCCUGAAGUCCGUGGCCUUUAAUCCUAAUGUUGGAUUUAUCAUUUCAAGCUGCAUAGAGAUGUGAUCUAGACAUGGUUUUACACCAGUGUUCUCAUUUAUUUUCACACAAAUCUGAUUAUGCAGUGCCUCCUUAGGAUAUUACAAGUGGUCUUUUAGGUUGAGCUCACUCCUGUGAUGUCUCCAGAUUUUGCCAUUUUCCAAAGUCUGCUUUUUGUCCUUUUUCUGCAUUUUUUUUUUCCAUUCCAAAUUGAGUGUCUGGCAUAUGUUUGUCAGCAUUAAAGCUGUCUUAGUCAAGUUUCCACAUUUGGUUUAUUAAAAAAAAUAUAUAUAUAUAUACCAUGUAUUGGUUACAAAGACAAAGCCCACAGAGCUCUAGAUCGCCUACGUGUCACUGUGUUCUAGUUGGUAAAUUGAGCCUAAAGCCUCUUCAAUCAGUUUCAGUAAAGAUUGUUUUAAAAAAUAAAAAAAAAGUCACAAUGAAUAGAUAGUCAGGUUUAUAAAAGUUCUAUAUUCCAUUUUGGUGCUUAAAUGAUUUCAGAUGCAUUUUAUUUAUUUUCUGAAUUUAUUUUUGUUUUUUUCGCUACAGGGACCACAAAAGCAGAGGACCGUGGUAUGCUGCUAAAGACAUUCAAUGAACCUGCAUCUGAAUACUUUAUCUUCCUACUCAGCACCCGUGCUGGGGGUUUGGGCCUUAACUUGCAGUCUGCAGAUACAGUCAUUAUAUUUGAUAGUGACUGGAACCCACAUCAGGUACAAAGCAGUGCAAAGUUAUUUAUAUAGUGCUAACCAGUUUUGCAGGGUGGGAGACAAGGUACAGAAAAAGGCAUGUAACAGGCUUGUACCACUGAAUAACAUGGAGAUUACAAAUCUUAAUGAACAAGACUUUCCAUGCUGGCAUAUAACGUCUUUAGGGAGCAGAUUCUGAUGACUGCGAAGUGAUAGAUGUGUCCUAAGGAAGCUGAAUGCAUUUCAGCCUAAACAUUUUUUUUUUUUAAUUAAACAUUUUCGUACUUUGGGGUACAGAAUAGAAAAGGGGGGGGGGAAUCGUUUUACAAGCAAUGAUAUUCAUUCGUUUUAUAUCAAAGUUCCCAAAAGUGAGGGGGUUACAACAUAACAGGGUUGUAGCAGUAACAUGUAUGGAAGCAAUUUUUUCUUUGUACCGUUAGAACAUCAUCUUUGCCCGGCAGUGUAAUGCCAUCUUGGGCCACUCUGUGGUCUGAGCUUUCCACUUCAUUUGCUCGCCCUGCCGUAACUAUUUACAUAGUUGGUUCCUUUCUUUCAUUCUUCUCUCUCUAUGCUUGUGUGUGUGUGUGUGUGUCGUUUGUGGAUAUAUGUUUGCCAGUCUAGCCGGCACCAUGUACCACCUUUAUUGUAGUUUCCUCAUAAGUUCCAGGUGUGAUGCAGCCUAACCAUUUUAAAUGGCUCCUUCGUGCACAGUGUGGGCUGCGGUAUAAAGCACGGGUGGGUGUGAAUUAUUGUACAUGCGCAUCAAUAUGGAAUCCUUGUAUGACUGAAAGUGAUGCCCUGAUUCUUUGUGUGAUAUGUAAUAGAUGAUUGGCUCGAGAAUAGGUGCUGAGGAAACCCACGUUGUAAUGUAUGCGUGUUGCUGUGUACAUGCAGGACUAUUUAUAUAUUUCUAUUUCAUGGGGGACACUCACUGAAACUGUAUGUUGGAGACACUCACUGAAACUGUAUGUUGCGUUCAUGCUGUGAUAUACAAUUUGUUUCUUCUUGUGCAGGAUCUCCAGGCUCAGGAUCGCGCUCAUCGCAUUGGCCAGACGAAUGAGGUCCGUGUGUUGCGUCUGUGCACGGUGAACAGCGUGGAGGAAAAGAUCCUGGCUGCCGCCAAGUACAAACUGAAUGUGGACCAGAAGGUUAUUCAGGCAGGCAUGUUUGACCAGAAGUCCUCCAGCCACGAGAGGAAAGCCUUCCUGCAAGCCAUUCUAGAACAUGAGGAGCAGGACGAGGUGAGUAGCUCGAUUCACCUGGCAGUUUUCUGAUUUUAAUCCUUCCCAGUGUGUGGAAAUGAGGGAUAAUAGUAGUAAGACCUGCCCAUAAUAUAGGUCUCCAAAUGGUGAGCAAAUCCGUGCUGGGUAACCAUUGCUCGGGUAACUAGGCUGUCAGGUGGGUUGGAGUCAUUGCAAUUCCAUUUUUGUCAAAGACCACAAUCCAGUUUGUGAGCACCAAACUGAAACAGACUAGAAUGGGUGUCGAUUGGUACCACUUUAGACCUGUGGACAUUAUUCCAUAAGGAAGGAUGUUAUGCCCUUUUUGUUAUAUUAAAAAAGUAAAACCAUUUUAGGUUUAAUGCGGUUUUCUUUCUUUCUGAAGGAGGAAGACGAGGUGCCAGAUGAUGAAACGGUGAAUCAAAUGAUAGCCCGACAUGAAGAGGAGUUUGAACUAUUUAUGGUGAGUCUUGACCUCCAGUUAUUCGUAAAUAAAUGUCAUAUUCAGUAUUUAUAUGGAUUAGUUUAUUUCAUAGCUUUGUAGCAAUCAUGGGAUAAGUGAAGGUGUAACUCUGUUCUAGGCUUCUUAACACGUUACUGCAUUGAGCUGUAAAAUCUCAGUUCUGCACUGUCAAACAUGGUCAUUGACGGAGACCGACAUGGUAGGAUUGUAGGAUUUAUUGAAGAGUUCUUCCAUAGGUCAUAAUAAAAUUACAUGGUGGAACUGAAUAAGGAAUAAAACUUUGGGUCAAUGGAGGCAAACAGAACAAAAAUAUGUAAUUGUGAAAUCUACCUGCAAAGCUUGGAAAGAAACUAUUGAAAAAUGUAUUUUUUAAAAAAAAUUUUUUCUAUCAAUCACUUUUGAUCAAUCAACAAAUUUGCAUUACUUAUACCACCAGCAUAUUCUUUGGAUGUUUGUAGAAGGGGAAUGGUGGAAACCCUGCUCUGGUUUUCUACAAGAUAAAGGAUUGUUUCUGGCAGGUUCUUCAAACAUGGUCUCCGUGACAUUUGAUUUUUAGAUUAUUAAAGGGAUACGAUUGUGUUUUAUUAACUCUGGAUACUUAUCAUUUAUUUUCCUUACAGCGUAUGGACUUAGACAGACGGAGAGAGGAAGCUCGGAAUCCAAAACGUAAACCUCGUCUAAUGGAAGAGGAUGAGUUGCCUUCCUGGAUCAUUAAAGAUGAUGCUGAAGUUGAGCGUCUCACUUGUGAAGAGGAGGAAGAAAAAAUGUUUGGCCGUGGCUCUCGAAGUCGCAAAGAAGUGGAUUACAGUGACUCCCUCACGGAGAAACAGUGGCUGAAGGUAAGUUUGCCUUAAGCUCCAUAUAUAAAGGCAUGAUGAAUGGUUAGGAGAUGAGGCAUAGAGUGUAAACAAGUGAUGGACUCCUGUUUACUAGUUAGAAAUCAAAAUAUUCCAUCCACAGGCAGCUAGUGGAAAACCAUUCCCAUAAUAUUCAGCAAUUUUCCCAGAGAAAUUCUGUCUGUAGCUGAAUGUCAAUGAGCUGUAGCUAAACAUGUUGCUUAUCACUGAUCUAUAGAAUGUUUAAUUUACCCUAAACUUGAACCAGCGGGAAUCUUGCUAUGCAAAGCAUAACGUUUUUAGAUAGAGAUGUCAUCAGAAGAAAGCACUUAUACUCUAGUACUCAAGCUAUUCAACUUUUUUGUUUGAGGGAAUUUGUGUCAAAAUGCCACACAAAAUAUCUUGUGCUUAUUGGAGGAUGGUUUGUCUUGCCCAAAUUGCUUUGCCAUUGUGUUUUAGUAGAGUAGUAUGUAACAUUGUGACCAAUAUAAUUUGUCAUCAGGCUAUAGAAGAAGGCACGUUAGAAGAAAUUGAGGAGGAGGUGCGUCAGAAAAAGACCACUCGAAAAAGGAAACGAGAUGUGGACCCAGGGCUGGGAACUCCGACCACGAGUACACGAAGCAGGGAACGGGAUGACGAAGGCAAGAAACAGAAGAAGAGGGGACGUCCUCCAGCUGAGAAGCUCUCACCUAAUCCUCCAAAUCUAACCAAGAAGAUGAAGAAGAUUGUGGAUGCAGUCAUAAAAUACAAAGACAAGUACGACUAUUUUUUAAAGAGAUUUUCCUAAAAAAACUUCUUUACAAUUGUACCAUGAAUUACUAAAAGGUAAAUUCAAUUUCUUUAAAAAAAAUAAAAAUUUAAUGAUUUAUUCUGUUUUCCUCUCACCCCCCUAAAAAGUGGUUCCGGCCGCCAGCUUAGUGAAGUUUUCAUCCAGCUGCCAUCUCGUAAGGAACUUCCAGAAUACUAUGAACUGAUCCGAAAGCCAGUAGACUUCCGAAAAAUAAAGGUGGGUAGAAAGAGCACUCUUGUACAUGAGUUGUACCUUCUAAACGGUUACAUACAACUGAUUUAAAUCCUUCUGUCUUUGCAGGAGCGGAUCAGAAAUCACAAGUACCGCAGUCUGAAUGACUUGGAAAAAGAUGUCAUGUUGCUGUGUCAGAACGCCCAGACCUUUAACCUUGAAGGUUCUCUAGUACGUACUAUCGAGUCCUUCCAUUACCACUGUGUGGCUAUAAAUUACAGUUUGUUAUUGAGGCUGAAUUGUGAAACUGUCUUAUGCUGGUUCCCUUGGGUGGAAUUGCAAUAAUUUGUCAAUUUUAAAUGUUUGUAAAAUUAAAACCUAUAAAGUGACAUAAAGUAACAUAUAGUUUAUAUUUCUGACUAGGUGUUUGAGGCAAUUGAUGUGUAAAAAAUAAAUUUUUACAAAAAAAAAGUAAUUUCAUCAGUAACUGUAGAGUCAUCACAUUAUAGUAGAUGCAUUUUCAAGAAGUGACCUCCACAAUGGUAAAACUAACUUUUUUUUGUUUUUUGGUGACAAUACAGUCAUAGUUUUAGUAAAUUGAACCGAUGCUUGUAUUAAAGGUGACAACUCACUUAAAGCUAUGAAAAUGUAUCUCCGUUACCAUCACACCAUUGUUAAGGAUUGAAUUAAAUCCCCACAAUAAUACUCUAUAGAGAGCUGUGCUGGUGUAGGCACGUGUCCAUUGGGAUCUGUUAUUAGUGAAAUAACUGACUAAUACUCAAUAGUUGAGCACUUAAUGCAGUGACCCUGGGUUUAAAGGAUUACUGCAAGAGCCAUAACCACUUCACUGCUUUGGAGUCUGUGCAGCAUUUCCGUAAGAAACACUGCAUAUAUGCAAAGUCCACCUCCGGCAGUAAUACUCUAAUUCCAGGCUACUAAUGUUAGUUUGGUGUAUAAAAAGCAUCCAGUGUCCGCAUGCACAGAGUGAUGGACGCCCAUUGUGGGAUGUCUUCCCUUCUAUUGCAGUUGAAGGCAGUGAUAUUGGGGACGAGAGAACGUGUCCUCCGUUUGGGAUCGCAGGCAAGUUUUGAUUAUUUAAGAGGGGGCAGGUACUGUGCCUGCAAUGGUUACUCCGUUCAAAAAAAUGUUUUGUUUUUAAAACACUGUUAUUAAUUUGAGUACCCCUUUAAUAACCAUUGUUUUAGAUGGUCCAGAAAGGAAGCCAGGUGUCCACCUAUUUAUUUAUUUAUUUAUUUCAUCACAUGUAGACUUAUUCUUUGACUCCUUUCAGAUCUACGAAGAUUCCAUCGUAUUACAGUCAGUCUUCACCAGUGUACGGCAGAAGAUUGAGAAGGAGGAGGAAAGUGAAGGAGAGGAGAGUGAAGAAGAGGAAGAAGUGGAGGAGGAAGGCUCAGAGUCUGAGUGUGAGUCAAGCUAGAAUAUGGUUUAUUCCCAGGGAAUCUGUUCAUAAAUUGGUCAUGUCUUCCAGAUGUAUAUGGUAAAUGGUAAUAGGAUCAGCGCUAAGUAACCAAUACACAGCUAAAAUAAAUGGAAAAAAUAGGCCGCAACCUAAAGGCAUGCUAUUCCCUCAAAGCAUCAACAAAAAGUACAAAUGUAAAAACAGAAUAUAGGUCACGACCUAUAUUCUGUUUUUACUUCCAGAUUUAUAGCUUACACUUUAUUUAAAUGAAUUAAAUGCCAUACUCUUAUGGCAGUGCUGUGGUCAUAGGUAGAAAUGACCAAUUAGGCUGAUAACUAUUAUGCACGUAUCCUUAAGGUUUUCAAAAGCUGCUAAAGUCCCACAAUCCUCUGAGUGUCUCCAUAAGAUAGAUACCAUAUGGUGGUUGGACAAUACACAAUCCCCUCUGUUUGCUGUCGCCUCCCAAAGGAGGCAGAAUCCACCUUCACAUAAACUUCAAUAGAUUUUUUUUUUUUUUUUUUUGUCAAUGCUUUCUUGAGGUGUUUAUCAGGAUAGAUAAAAGAAUAUUGGCAAUGACCGCAGAUUACAGCAAAACACAUUACAAAUGUAUAUGCAAGAGUAAGGCACCUUCUUUUUUGUUUGAUUAUAGAAAUGUUUAGGAAGUAAUAGAGAGAAUGUGAACAUGGAUAUUCUCACUAGUUAAAAAUCAGCACAAAGAUAUACAUAGCGAAUAGCUCAGUCAGGAAUUUCUAGAGUGUCACUAUAUACUGUAUUACUCGGGUAUAGAUAUUGUGAGGAUAAUCCAUUAACCAGUAACAGGGCUACACUAGCAGAUUACUGGGGCAUUGAAUAAGCCAUGUUACACAAAGCGAGUAAUCGUCACCAGAAAGGCAUGAGAGUUAUACGGGCUAGAUAGCCACUAUUGGAACAAAUAGAUAAAACCUCUAUAAAAUCAUCCAUAUAAUGCCAAUAGACUGAGUCCCACAUUUGGAGAUUCUGAGCCCCCAAAUAAUGAAAUUCUGUUUAGCCUAUUCACGAUCUUGGAGAGAGCCUUCCUCGGCUUAAACACUGGUGGGGAUUCAUCCCGAGAGUACCAGUGCAUCCCCCAAGCUGAUUAUAAACCCAUUGUCCGUGGACUCUGCCCUCUCCGCGUCGUCUGUCGAUGUCCCCAGGCAGAUUCGUCCUGCUCCACUCCAUUCUGUGCAUCAAGCGUCUCCUGCGAUUGUGGGCAGAGUGAGUACCUCCCGUGGCUUUAGGCCCAGGUAGGACCCUAUACACAGUGAUUCCCCAUGAGUUAUUCCCUUCUGCUGUAAUCCAAUUAAGGCCACGUUGCCACUGGUUGAGAUGUUGUCAAAAUUUCAAGCACAGUGUAUCAAAUGACUCCAUGAUGGCUACUCUCCGCUGACCCUGCAACUGCUUUACUAAGGGUUUUGAGGACUCCAAGAAAAAAAAAGUCCUCUUAGGUGACAACUGGUAGUAGGAGUCAUUGUAAAUCAGAUCCACUAAAGGGGAUCAUCUCUGGUGAGGAUCGGGAUAACAUCCGCCCAUCCAAACAAAUGGUGGUACGGAGCAUCCGCCAUUGAUUAACAUGCCACUUCAGGCAGGGAGGUCUGCCGUCUUUCCUAUACUCCAAGUUCUAGUGUUCUGUGCAGAAGACGCACGCUUUCCACAAAAAUGCAGGAAGAGCACCUGGUAAUGCAGAAACGGGUAAGUAUGCAAUGAGACUGCAGGCUAGCAUAAAUAUGUUGUAGCCUCUGAAAGUAGAAAGUUUACGCAGAGCUUUCACAGAGCACGUCUGGUCAGCAUGGCUGCCAAGUCCUGCCCACCUAAACUUGCUUUUUAUUCUUUACAUUUGUUGAUGAUUUUACCAGUACAACCUAGUGAUUAGACACCUAAUCAAAGAUGACCAUGUCCUACAGAUUAACAUAUAUGUACUCUUUGAAGCAAUGCAAAACCUAAAAAAAGUUUAUCUUUAAUUUAUAUACAAUUCUCCUCUGUUAACAGCUCGCUCGGUGAAGGUGAAGAUAAAACUUGGAAGAAAAGAAAAAAUACAGGAACGCAUGAAGGGCCGUAGAAGGACCAGCCGAGGGUGCCGAGCCAAACCUGUUAUUAGUGAUGAUGACAGUGAAGAGGACCAGGAGGAGGUGAGUGCAUGCUGCCUUCUGUCUUCCCCCUCCAAUCCCUCUAUGAUCACGCUGCCAGUUUAUUAUUCUGAUUGCUAAAUGAAGAUGUAGAGGUGUACGUCUGUUUACGAUUGCCCCACAUUGUUAGGUUAUCAAUUUGUAGCAAAGUCCCCAAUCCUGUCUCUGCUCUAAUAAACACGUGUGGUCUAAUGUAAUUAGUAUCAAUAUUCAGACUGCCUAGAAUGUGUGAUUACUCUGGUUUAAUUCCCAUAGUUUUUUUCACAAAGUGCUUGUAAUAGCAGCUCUUUGCCAAUGGCACUUAAGUAGGUUACAUUUCUCACAUUCACCUGGAAAUCUGUAGUGGCUUCAUUUGUCAGGUAACUCUUUUAAGUCUCCUUUUGCUUUCAGUAUUGACCCAUUAGCCAUAUUAUUAGUAGCCGCAAGGUGAAUUCCUAAAGAAGUGAAUUGCCAUGUCAAAGACUGGUAAACUAAAACCUAUUUAAACUGUCUGUCACCUAAAAAAUACCUUUCUUAUAUGGUUUCCUCUUCUCUUCCUCUCUCAGAAUCGGUUGAUAAUUUACAAUCUGUUUCUCUUUAAAACUGAAUACAAAGUAGGGACUACUUUGCCGGAUGUAUUUUUCUUUCACUUGACAAAUGUGACAAAAAGGUGGAGCUUAACCAAGCUCCACUUCCUUUGUCACAGAAAAUUCUCCCACCAUGCUCACCUUCCUGCCUGUCCUUCCUCCGAUGCCAUACGAGAUUUUCGUGUGUCAUUUCUACUGAUGGUAGACUUGUGCUAUUAGUCCAUUUGUUUGAAAGAAGAAUGAAUAGAAAUUACAGCAAAUGAAAGGAAAAGUGAAUCACUGGUUGGACUAAAUUUUGUCCGUGCUGAUUUGUUUUAGUUACAAGGAGGGAGUUACCGGCUUGCAACUCCCUCCAUGUAAUAUUUCAAAAUAGAAGCAGAUGGUCCUAGUGUAGGGGCUAUUGAAUAAAUAGUUAUUAUAAUGGGGGCAGACUGAGCCUUCUAAAGCUUUCCCACACCAUGCAAUAUGAGUCAGAGCAUUCUGGAUCUUCUAUUCUGUAAAAUAUCAUAACUGUGACAUUUGAUCUUUAAACAUUUCAGAAUUAUUACACACAUCAUUCAUUGCUUCAGCUUGUAACGUUGUGCUUUUUUAAAUUUUAAUUGAUUUUUUUUUUUUUUUCCUUUUUUUUUUUUUUUUCCAGGAUCGUUCGGCAACUGGAAGCGAAGAAGACUAAGUCCCUCAAACCAUUCCUUUUAAAGCCCACCCCCCUCUUCCACCACUAGGUCUCAUUCCAUGGCCUACCACGAAAAGGCCUAUUCCAUCCCCCAAACCACGUGCCCUCUUAUUCCCUAAUUCCGUAGGUCGCUAACGGGUAGCCAGAAAUGUAGUGAAUUGUAAAAAAUAAAUUUCUUCCAUAUUUAUAUAAAUGAGGAGUUCUAGGGAAGUUCUGCUUGUAGCAUCUUCUAAGAGCAUUAACUAUCUGGCCAGGCCACUAGGCCUCUCAGGAUAGGUUAAAAGGAGAAUGAAUUUUGAUUAUAUAUUUCUUUUUUUCUUUUUCUUUUUUUUUUUAAUGGCAGUACUGUUUGAGUUACAGUAUGGAAUCACUGUAGUAUCGGCCGUGGAUGCAUGCAAUUAGCAGUCCACUCAUUAGUACUGUAUUUUACAAAAACAGGUCAAAACAAAGUCCAGGGUCCCCUCUCUCACGCUGCACAGGGAGGGGGGCUGGCAGUGGUAGCUGUAUGUAUGUGUGUCAGUGUCACUGGAUUUCAAACAGUUAUAAAUUAAAACAAGAUGGGAUACCUCGCCUGCUCUGACUUGUAUCUUUUUAAAUGCAUUUAAUUUUUUAUGUUUUUGGGAGAUAAAAAAAAAAAUCAAUAAAAUUUUAAGAUGUUCUUUUUUUAGUAAAGAGAGGAGAGAAAUGGGUCUGUCUUGAUUCGGGCAUUGCCUGGUUAUAGAAAUGUGUGUUUUAAGCUCCAGUUUUGGGGGGUUUUUUGUAUUUUUUUUUUUUUGUAUUUUUUUUUUUUCUAUUUGGUCAUUUGGGUGCUUUCCUGAUCCUGCUGGUAGGCCUAGCCAUACAACUGACAACUGUUAAUGACUGAGAAACAUGGCUGUCCAAACUCUGUUCCACCACAUGUUACAACUCCCAUAAUUCUCUGCGUAUCCAUUUUAUUCAAAGAAUCAUGGGGGUUGGAGAACCCUGACUUAGAAAAAAGAGAAUAACCUGGCUUCACAAGGAUCAUCUGGGCAAACUCUGGCCAAUACUGUGCAAUUCAGGAUGGGGUGGCAUGUAGGUUUAUUGGGUAUUCAUAGUGACCGGCCUUAGUAAAGAAUUUUACAUGCCACCCCUCCAUACACACAAACCUUUAUGAUUAACUACACAUACAAACCUUAAUUAGCCACACACCAAUAUAGCUAGUCACAAGCACCAGCCUAAUGAACACAACAGCACACCUGCAUUCUCUCUCACAUACAAACACACGCCAGUAUACAAUAUACAGGUGUGUACACACAAUUUUAUCUGUCCCUCAUCCUGCUUUUGCUGAACAUGUGUUUUAGGAUUUAAAAUUGGUUCUCUUAAGAAUGACAAAGGUUGGAAGUAUCUAGAAUUGGUUUGUCACUUUAGUACGACAGAGAAAAAUGUAUGUACACUUAACAAGUCACACGCAAUUUAUAAUGUGAAACUAAAAGCCUUUAAUUGUUAGUUUCCUUUUAUGCAAUAGCUUUUUUUCACCACCGUGAAUGGUAUGUGAAAAGACCAUCAAAUAUGUAUAGCUGGAACUUGGUGAUCGUGCUUCCUGGAGGCAGACAUGCAUCAAUAAUUUUUUUUUAUUUUUUGCCUUCUCCUUCCAAACCACUGGUGAGGGUGGUGGGGGUGGGUGGGAAGAUAAGGAGUUUUUUUUUUUUUUUUAUACUUCUCCAAAUAUUCUGCAUAAAUGUUUUUCAUCCAUACAACUCAUACUAGUAGCCAGCAAUGAAGACUUUUUGGGGGAAAUUCUUGAUUUCUUUUUCUUUUUUUAUAAUUCUUUAUUUUAUUCGUGCAUAGAUUUAACAAGCAGUUUUGCACUGCCACGACAGCUGGUGCAAACAUAAAAGAAACAUGCGGUAACAGUAAUGUGGCAUAAGAAACAUUGCACAUUUUUUUUUAUAUAAACAAAGUAAUGCUUAAUAAGAGUUUGCCGUGCUUAAUGGGAUUUAGCCAUGCUUAGUAAGAUUCAACCCUGCUUAGUAAGAGUUAACCAUGCUUAGAGUCAAGUCUAGUCAGGCUUAACCACGCUCAGUAAGGUUUAACCACGCCUAGGAAGGGUCAACUAUGCCCAGUUAGGUUCAACAAUGCUGAAUACGAUUCAACCACCACGGGGCAGCAGAGCGUUGAGCCGAUCAGGUUUGAUGUCCAUAUUUGAUCAGGUAUCAGCAGGAGGAGAGUCAAUUGUUACAUAUGCCAGGCGUGUCUAUGUAGUUUUGUCAUCAGGGUAGGUGAGAUAUUCAUCAAUUAUGAUGCUGAAACAGCUAAGCUAUUGUAUAAUUUGUGUAGGCAUUGUAAUCAGGCUGAGUUAUUAGAGGUUGAACAUCAUGCAGUAUAAACUUCAAUGAAUUACAUUAGCUAACAAGUGUAAUGCAGUCAUAUACUUAAAGAUUGAGUUCAAAGUAGGCUUGCUGAUGAUUUAAAUGUCCCAUGAGGUUCCCUCUUAGAUCAUGACACAGUUGUAAAGCAGAAUUAGAAUUUGGGUCAUCCUUCUGUGCUAUAUGUUUGAAAGGGGCACAUUUAAGAGGAAGUCCCUGCGCCCGGCUCUUGGUCUAUUAUCAGCUGACUCCCGUCACUGGUAUCCCGCUGUUGGGCAACUUAUUGAGGUGCUUCAAGCCUCCAGGCUCCGGUCCCGUCUCGGAUGCUGAACACCAGAUUGUGCUGCUGUUUAUGCCGGGGUGAUUGUGGGCCUGGUGCGCCUUCUCCGUGGGUUCCUCUUGCCUGUAAGGGCCACAAGUGUUUUCCUUGUGUGUGACAUGUGCCGUUUAGGCAAGGGGACGCUUGCUUGUGGUGGAGCUUUUUGCAGUGCCCGACUCUCCAGCUUAUGCCAGAAUGCCGCCAGGAUAACCUCCAGCUUCGUCUGGAGCGUGGUCUCCGUGUUGUGAGCUUGAUUGCGAGGGAGGUAAGAGGUGUCCGCCAUUAGGAGUGAUUCAGUAGUAAAGUUAGUCGCUUGUCUGCCGGCCUUCACCUCUCCCUUUCCCCUGCUGGGUAUAGCUCUCUUGGGUUGGACCGUGUUCACCCCCCAACGGUCCCGGGGGGGGGGUAACUGGUUGCCCGUCCCACCAUUGCAGUCGCUGGGUAGCCCCGGAGCGGGAGAGCGGCCGCAUCCCCUGCCCGGUGCACACAAGGCCGCAUGUUGUCGCAGGUGUGGCUUCUCGGCUUCUACCAGGUCACCGACCCCUACUACCAGGCCCAACAUUGUCGGGCUUCGGUGUGGGCUCAAGGUGGUCCCUGAAUCAGGCUGAAUGAGGCCGUGUUUUGUCUUCCAUGACAGGAUUGUGGAGGAGCUCCUAUGAAACACGUCUGUCCUCCAUGACAGUUAGCGCCCCCCCCCCCCCUUGAUUUCUUUUUUAAUAAAAGAAUAAGUACAUUACAUAUAUGCAUAAUGAACAUCAAAUAUGUAAUGCCAAAAAUACAAAUUAUAAUAAUAAUGUACUCCUAACAACAAUCUAGUUGUAGUUUAAGACAGUAUCCAACAAAACAAGUGUAUUUUUGAAUGGUCUAUAAAAACCUUCAUUGUGGGACUAUAAGGAUGGUAUCCCAGGGAAAUCUUAUCAUUCUGUUACAUAAUAAUAUAAUAGCUGAAUGGAGAGGUGGAAGCAGUGGCAUUAGACACCCCAGCCCAAUAUAGCAUUUGCUUUCCAAAGCAGACUUCACUGUGUAGCAGUUGGGGUGGGGUAUACAUUAAACUGUAGUGGGUGUGGUGCUUAGUAUGUGUGUUGUGUUGUAAAUUUUCUACUUGGGACUCAAACCCAGGUACUCUCAGGUUUGCAACUGCACCACAGGACCCUUUCACUACAGAAUAGUUAUUUUUUUUUUUUUUUGGUAGCAUAAAAUCUUGUUCAUAAUGCCUCAUUCAUACUGUUUGCUACAGGUUGGUAAUCGUAACAAAUGUAUCUGCCAGAAGACCCUAGUUUCUGAUUUAUAAUGAAUGUAGCUAAAAAUGUCAGCACACAACCUGCUUUCAAACAGUACAGGGCUGGAUUCCCCAUUAGGCAGAGCAGGCGUCUGACCACUAAGGGUUGCCUGUUUUAAGCAGCUUUUAAUGUGCCCUUUUGCGCUUAAAUAGGAUGGUGGAGAUAGAAAUACAAGGAGCACUGGCCACUCUCCUCUCUCUACUCCAGUCAGCCUUAAUAGCAGUGCUAAAAAAACUAUUUUUCACAUGGUAAAUACAUUGCAUGGGGAGCAGGUGAUGUAACCACUCCUGCAGCACUAAUAUCCUCAAUCUGGCAUGGAUUUACAUCAAGAGCACUUUACAACAACUAGUUUAAAAAAAAAAAAAAAGUUCUUGGACUUUUAAAUAUAAAACGUGUGUAUAUAUUCACAUAGUGUGUGUAUGUUUGUGUAGCCAUAUGGGUUUGUGGCUAAUACUGUUUUUAUAAGUGUUUAGGAGUAGUAUUAUCCGUAUCAUCAUCAUCUCACCAGUGCUCAACAUGCCCCACAAGCACAAUAAAGGGACACUAUAGUCCCCAAAACAACUUUAGCAUAAUAAGGGAAACCUUCGGCACUAGGUUGCCUACCCCUGGCCUACACUAUUAAUAAUCAGUCAAAAUUAAACAAGACGGCUAUGGGAUCACUACUAGACAAUAUAGCCCUAUUCAUAUUGAUUGUGUAGUCUAUUUAUUAUGACAAAUCUUUAAAUUUACUGAAAUAGAUUGACUGCCCUAGGGAACAAUCCAACUAAAGGUUGCGUGUUUUUUCUUUUUUUUUUUCUUUUUCCUCUUUCAUAUUCUUGUCAUUAUACACUGUUUAACUAUAUCAGUACAAGACUAAACAGUCCACCAAGUAAUAGCAGUAUAUUAUCAAAGUGGUGAUCCCAUUACCUUCCUCAUCUACCUUUUUGUUAAAAAAUUUUUUGUAUACCUUUGAUUUGGGUUCUACUCCUCUCCCCUCUUUCUCUUAAAGAUGUGUUCUGUCUGAGUGGGUGGAGCGGAGCCAGGCACAGAUGGUGUUUAUUCUGAAGGGGUGGGGCCAUGUACAUAUAGCGCUGUUCAUUCUGAGGGGCGGGGUUAUGCACAGAUAGCGCUGUUCAUUCUGAGGGGCGGGGUUAUGCACAGAUAGCGCUGUUCAUUCUGAAUGGGUGGGGCCAUGCACAGGUAGCUGGCCAUUCUGAAUGGGUUGGGCCAUGCACAGGUAAUUGGCCAUUCUGAAUGCGCGGAGCCAUGCACAGGUAGGUGGCCGUUCUGAGUGAGUGGGGCCAUGCACCAAUUACUGUGUUCAUUCUUAGUGCGCGGAGCCAUGCACAGAUAGCGGUGUUCAUUCUGAAGGGGCAGAGCCAUGCAGAGGUAGCUGUGUCCAUUCUGAGGGGGCUAUUCGGACCGAAUACAUAAGUCCUGCAUCUAGCAGGAUGUACAGACGGGGGAUAUUAACUGGCACCCCAUACAGGACUGGUGUUUACUGUGCCUAAUGGAAAAUCUAUCCCUGCCUACAAAAGAUAUAGGAAGCUGAGUACUUUGCAAAUAAGCCUUUAAAGGGACACUAUAGUAACCAGAACAACUGCAGCUUAAUGUAGUUGUUGUGGUCAGUAUAUUGGCUCCCUUCAGGCAUUUUCAUUUAAACUCUGCCUUUUCAUAGAAAAAGCAGUGUUUACGUUGCCCUUAGGCACACCUCCAAGUGGCCACUCCUUAGAUGGCCACUGGAGGGGCUCCCUAGCUCAGGGCUGCACAGCAAGAAGCCCUGCCGUUGAGUGUCCCCAUGCUCGGCCUGGAGACGCUGAAUUUUCCUCAUAGAGAUGCACUGAUUCAAUGUGUCUCUAUGAGGAGGUGCUGAUUGGCCAAAAUGGCGGUUGGCACUGCCCCCUUGCCAAUUUUAGCCAAUAAGCAUUGGAUUGGCUAUAAAUUGGCAAUUUUGAUGUCACCAAGGGAGCAGGGCCAGCGCCGGCAGACCUGUGGAGAGCUGAAAAUAUGGGGGUGUUAACCCAUUCUGAGGGGCUAUGGGGGGGGGGGGGCAAGCCACCUACAUGGUGGGUUUUCACAGUAGGGUUAGGAAUACAUGUUUAUGUUCCUGACCCCAUAGUGAUCCUUUAAACUCCAGCAAUCAAAGCCUUAGCCUGAUAAGAAACCAUUUACCAAGUUCUGACCAAAACAAAACCUGGGAUUUGUGCUAUAUGUUCUACCAUAAUGUACCUCUUUUUAUAUUAAGGGUUACAGUGCGUGGAAGGGGGGAUUGAGAGUGUGUGGAGGGGAGUGACAAUGUGCAGGGGGUGAAGGUUUUUUUUUUUUUAUGAUUCUUUAUUUUUGCGAUGACAAAAGGGUAUACAUUUUGUACAGUGUGGCUUAUGCAAAAACCCAUUUGUGGUUCAAAUCCAUAUAUUGGCUUCGUAAUCAGAAAAAACAGAGGCUCAUAACACAGUCUAUUCGGUGUACAUUUGUUUUGCAGCUGUUCGUUGUCAUUGGUUUUAGCAAGGAGAAUUUCCGUCCAGAAGAGUUUUACUUUGGGGCAGUGCCACCACAUGUGAAUGUGCGUCCCUUUCUCUCCACAGUUUCGCCAGCAGAGGUCGGUAGGUGUCUUUUUCAUAUGGUAUAGUUGGACUGGGGUGGUAUACCACCGGAACAUCGUUUUGUAUGACUGUUCCUGCAUUGUGACACAUAUAGCUGUUUUGGAGUUGGUCUCCCAAAUGUUGACUAUUUUUUAUUUAGCUAUUUUGUCACACCUACUGAAUUCCAGAAACAUUGCAUUUUGCUGCCAUCUCAGACCACGUGUGAAAUAUUGCAAGAUAAAUGACACUGUAUACUGUCUAAAGUUUUUAAUUUCCUAAAUAUUUUUAUGAAGGACGAACGAAUAAGUGAAAAUGAAAAAUGAAAAAUUGUUGCUGUGUUAUAUUUAUAUGCUAGUUAUGUAUCGUUUGAAAGAAUCUUAUCAUAACAUUUAUUUGAAGCAAUCAAAAAGUGCUUGAUAGUGAAGAGCAGGUCAUUUAGUUCCCACAACGAACUCUUUAGAAUUGGGAAUUGAAAACGUGAAACUUCAAAAUAAAUCUACAAAAAAAAAAAAAAAUCAUCAAAUCUGAUAUUGUUUGAGAGUAAUGGUCCCUGGGAAUCUGGAGGUGAGAGUAAUUGAGAUCCCUGUGAAAUGAACUUGUUUGGUUGCUGUACUAUCCCAACUUCACAUGGGGAUUCAAUGUGACAGGCUUAGCAUCCCAUGUGACUUAUUUGUUUUUUUUAUUUAUUUAAUAUUUAUUGUAUGGCAACCUUAUCCAAGGCGCCUUUUAGAAAUUAAUGACAAUAAUAGUCAUGUAAACAGAUAACGCAAUCAGCCAGCAGAUAAAACAUUUGCAUGUUCAUUUUUUUUUUUUAAGGGACACUAUUGUCACCUGAACUACUACAACUUAAAGGAACACUAUUGUGUCUGGAAUACAAAACAUGCCAUUUAGGUAACUGGCCCACCUUGUUAAGGUGUUUUACUGUACUUUUUUCCAGUGCUUCAGCUGGCUCUGUCUCCUUGGCUGAGAUCACAAAGAUUACUGAUCUCAAGAAGACGGAGACAGCUGAAGAAAUGGAAAAAAGUUGAGUUAAACCACCUUAACAGGGGACAAGGUGGGUCAGUACCUUUUAAUUACCCUUUGCAAACUUUGUGAUCUCAGCCAAUCCAAUAUUUUCCCAAAGGAAUCGAUGCAUCUCUAUGAGCAGCCUUCCUCAAACUCCGGCCCUCUAGAUGUUGGUGAACUACAACUCCCAUGAUUCUAAUGAAUGAAAUAGGCUGAGAAUCAUGGGAAUUGUAGUUCAGCAACAUCUGGAGGGCCGGAGUUUGGGAAAGCCUGUCUAUGAGGAACAUUCAGCGUCUCUGUGGAGACGCCGAACAUCAGUGCUGACCCAGGAAGCACCUCUUGUAACUCUCUGAGUGACUGUUGCUAGAGGUGUUCCAAGGCAGUAAUAUAAACACUGCCUUUUCUCUGACUCCAGACACUAUAACCAUUUCAAUGAAGCGGCUCCAGUGCCAAGUGCAUAAAAACAAUAUUCAAGUUAAAGGAACACUGUAGUGUCAGGAAUACCAGGGCCGUCUUUAACGCGGGGCAAACGGGGCAGCUGCCCCGGGCCCAGUUGCUCCUGAGGAGCCCAGAGCAGCUGCCUCGUGGGCCCCGCGAUUUGAGCAGCUCCCAUGGACCUGGCGGGGCGGCUGCACAGAGCCACACCAGCCGCACACUAAGGAGGCCCCCGGGUGACCCAUGCACUAAGGGCCACCCGGUGGGCAUGUGUCAGCAGGGGCCCGGUCGGGCGCUGUGACACUUAAACAGCGCGACCGGGCCCCUUCCUGUCCGGCAGCUGGCUGGGAGGAAGUGAGUGCCGCGCGUCACUUCCUCCCACCGGAGGUCACAACCGCGCGGGAGGAGAAAGGCAGGGAGGAGGGGAGUUACAGAGGAGAACUCCUAUCUGCCUCAGCCUGCCACUGGACCAGGGAAACCACCCUCCAGAAAAAGGUAAGAAACUGGAGGGUGGCUAAAUGUAUGCCUGUGUGUGUGUGUGUGUCUAUGUCUGUGUGUAUGUAUGUCUGUGAGUGUCAGUAUGUCUCUGUGUGUCUAUGUCUGUCUGUGUGUGUGUGUGUGUCUGUGUGUCACUAAGUCUGUGUGUGUGUGUCAGUAUGUCUGUGUGUCUGUGUGUGUCAGUAUGUCUGUGUGUCUGUAUAUGUCAGUAUGUCUGCCUGUGUGUGUGUGUCAGUAUGUCUGUGUGUUUGUCAGUAUGUCGGCCUGUGUGUCAGUAUAUUUGUCAGUUUAUGUGUCUGUGUCAGUAUGUCUGAAUGUGUGUCAAUAUGUCUGCCAGUAUAUAUGUGUAUGUCAGUAUGUAUCUGAGAAUGUUUUAAUAUGUCUGUCUGUGUGCGUAUGUGUCAGUAUGUCUGUCAGUGUGAUUGCGGGUUGGGUGUAAUUAGGGGGUUGGAGGGGGAAGGAGCAGGGCCCUAAUCAUAUUAUAGACGGCCCUGAGGAAUACAAACAUGUAUUCCUGACACCAUAGCCCUCAAGUGGCUGUAUGCGACUGGCCCUCUUCCAGUCUCUGUAAACAUGUGAUUUUACUCACCUCUCCCCCACCCCCCAUGCUGCAGCUGGCUCCGCCUCCAUGGCUGAGAUCAUCAAUUUUAUUAAAGGACACGGAGGCUCCUAUUAUGCUUAAUCUCUUUCUUUAUUCCUCAGCAGCAAAAGAAAGGAUAUUGUAGAUAUUCAACGAAAAUUCAAUAACAAACAUCAUUUAACCCUAAAGGGUUAACUACAUACAACAUAUUAACCAAUGAGAGUGUUCCUAGCACAAUAAUGUCCCAUGUGACCCUAAGCCACUCCUCUUUCUUUUGCUGCUGCCUCCUCCUUUACCCUUGUUUUGCAUUAUUUCUACAUUUUACUUGCCCUCUGUGGAGAAUUAUUGUUUCUUCCCUUUCCCUGCCUCCCCCACCCCUGUUUUCCCUCAGUCACCUAGUCGGUUUGAUUAUCUUCCAACCAGGUUUGCCUCCUGUCUAUUUGAGAACCUCAGCCUCAGCCUUGAGGCUCCCUCCUCGCACCGGGUACUGUCUUCCCACGAUCCAGGCG